AUGUUUUUCUUUUUCACAGCGAAGAAAGAAAGCAUGUCGAAUUCACGAGUCCAAAAUAUCUUGUUCGAUCGUAGUAUAGAUCUUGGUGCUCCAGUCGACUUGGGGAAUAAUAACCUUGUCAGAAGCAUUGAUACAAUUUAUAAUGGUAAAACAUUUAAGUUGUGCUUGGAAGUAUAUAUGGGACUACUUCUCAUACAGUAUUUACUCAUUUACGCUAGUGUCCCUUUUGAUAAUAUUGAUAAUAGACCCGCGUUAUUGAUAGUUACAUGCCUUUAUUGUCUUUUCAUGGUAAGUGAAAUGUUUUUAUAUUUUCAAGACUUAUUUAUUAACGAUCAACUUGAGUUUUCAAUUAAUGCAUGUCUUUUGCCAAUAUGUUCGACCGCGGUCCCUACCAUGGUAUCUUUCAGAUGCUUAAUAGUCUCAAGCUUCUUUGAAUUCAUCGGCUUUUUGCUCAAUACAUCUUCAGUAAUUGCAGUGAUGACAUGUGGCCCUAUGUUUCUGUACGAGUAUGACAAAGAGACAAGAGCAGACAAAAAAGUCGAUGUAACUACAUAUGUAAGAGCUGUGAUAAUAUCAUCUUUUGUUGCUAACGCCUUUACUUGGAUAGUGUCUAUGUUUAAUGUUAUAUUAACGUCGCAAGCAUUGAAGCGUCUUUUUAAUAGGAUUGAUAGAAUUGAUAACCAUCAUCAAAAGGAGUCAGAUUUUGCAAAGCAUCUACCUAAACAGGUCUUAGUAGAGCAAAAGAGAUUUUUUAUACCCUAG